CCAAUCAUAUAAAAUAUCAAAUCUCACAGAGCCAGCAUUUCUGAACCGUUGGCUGUCUCAUUCAUCUCAAAUUGCACUUGAAACACUUUUAAAUUAAAAAAUAUCUCUCCGUUUCCCCACAUUUGCUCUCAGAAUCAAACAAACUCCAUUUUCAUUCUACUUUUUUAAUUUUAUUUAUUGUCAUGUUCUCUUGAGAAGGCUUGCCGUGGUUGAAGAAAAGGUGAAUUGAAUUAGGCCCCUCUCUUUUUAUCUGUUCUAUACAGAUAAUCACACUUUUUUUGGCCAGAUUUUGGAUAUUUUCUGUUAAAUACAUUUGAGAAGAUAUGGUGAAUACUGGAUUGCUUUCUGGAAGCAAAUCAGUGAAGAUUACCUUCCAGUUACCAUAUUUCACCCAUUGGGGUCAGAGUUUGCUGGUGUGUGGUUCUGUGUCGGUGCUCGGUUCGUGGAAUGUGAAGAAGGGUGUGCUGCUCACCCCCAUUCAUCAAGGGGCUGAGCUCAUCUGGAGUGGCAGCAUCACAGUGCCAAAAGGGUUCCAAUGCCAAUACCAAUAUUAUGUGGUUGAUGAUAAUAGAAAUGUUCUGCGGUCUGAGAUGGGGAAGAGGCGCGAAUUGGUGCUCCCUGAAGGCAUACAGAGUGGGCAGGAGAUCGAGUUCCGUGAUCUUUGGCAGACAGGCUCAGAUGGUAUCCCUUUCCGAAGUGCUUUUAGAGAUGUUAUUUUCCGGCAAAGCUGGGAUCCGAGCAAAGAGGCAGCUGCCAUAGAAGCCAACAAUAGUAAAUUUGAGCUGGAAGCGGAAUCCAUAGUCAUUCUGUUCAGGAUAAACUGCCCAAGCAUUGAGAAAGACACAUCAAUAUGUGUGAUUGGAAGCCAUGAAAAGUUAGGGAAGUGGAAGCCUGAAAAUGGAUUAAAACUCAGAUAUUGUGGCAAAUCCAUGUGGCAAGCUGAAUGUCUGAUGAAAAGGAGUGAUUUUCCAAUAAGGUAUAGAUAUUGCAAAUAUGGUGGGGCUGGCAAUGUUUCUAUAGAGAAUGGCCCGAAUCGUGAAGUCUCCAUUAGCUCCUCAAGGAGUGAGGCAAAAUAUAUAUGUCUUUCAGAUAGCAUGAUGCGAGAAACACCUUGGCGUGGUGCUGGUGUGGCGAUCCCUAUGUUUUCUGUUAGGUCGGAAUGUGAUCUCGGAGUUGGAGAGUUUCUUGAUCUUAAAUUACUAGUAGACUGGGCUGUAGCAUCCGGAUUUCAUUUAGUUCAACUUUUACCUAUCAAUGACACAUCAGUUCACAGGAUGUGGUGGGAUUCUUAUCCAUACAGUUCACUAUCAGUAUUUGCAUUGCAUCCAUUGUACCUGCGAGUUCAGGCACUUUCUAAGAACAUACCUAAGGAGAUCAAGGAAGAGAUUGAGAAGGCAAAACAACAAUUGGAUUUGAAGGAUGUUGAUUAUGAGGCGACAAUGGCUGCUAAACUCUCAAUUGCCAAGAAAAUUUUCGACCUAGAGAAAGAUGCGAUACUUAACUCGAGUUCCUUUAAGGAGUUUUUUGCAGAGAACGAGGGUUGGUUGAAACCCUAUGCUGCCUUCUGUUUCCUGCGGGACUUUUUCGAGACAUCAGAUCGCACUCAAUGGGGUUGUUUUGCUCAUUAUUCAGAAGAUAAGCUUGAGAAACUUGUAUCAAAGGAAAGCUUGCAUUAUGAGAUAAUUUGCUUCCAAUACUAUAUUCAAUACCAUCUACACUUACAAUUAUCCGAAGCUGCAGAAUAUGCGAGAAAGAAGAGAGUGGUUCUAAAGGGAGAUCUUCCUAUUGGAGUUGAUAGGAACAGUGUUGAUACUUGGGUUUAUCCAAAUCUGUUCCGAAUGAAUACUUCCACGGGAGCACCUCCAGAUUAUUUUGAUAAGAACGGCCAGAAUUGGGGCUUUCCAACUUAUAAUUGGGAAGAAAUGUCAAAAGACAACUAUGGCUGGUGGCGAGCUCGCUUGACACAGAUGGCAAAAUAUUUUACAGCUUAUAGGAUUGACCACAUAUUGGGAUUCUUUCGAAUCUGGGAGCUUCCGGAUCAUGCUGCCACUGGUUUAGUUGGAAAAUUCCGACCAUCUAUUCCUCUAAGUCAGGAGGAACUCGAAAGGGAGGGCAUAUGGGACUUUAAUCGCCUGAGUCGUCCUUACAUUAGGCAGGGACUCUUGCAGCAAAAAUUUGGAGCUGCUUGGGCAUUUGUUGCAACAACUUUUCUGAAUGAAUAUGAGAAGAACUGCUAUGAGUUCAAGGAGGAUUGCAACACAGAGAAAAAAGUUGUUUCCAAGCUAAAAAGUUGUGCUGAAAGUUCCCUCUUGUUAGAGAGUGAAGACAAACUGCGGCGCACCCUCUUUGAUCUUUUACAGAAUAUAGUUCUUAUCCAAGAUCCAGAGGAUCCAAGAAAAUUUUAUCCUCGUUUCAACCUUGAGGAUACUUCAAGCUUCAAGGAUUUGGAUGAUAAAAGCAAGAAUGUUCUCAAAAGAUUAUACUACGACUACUAUUUCCAUCGUCAAGAGAAUCUUUGGAGGGAAAAUGCGUUGAAGACCCUACCCGUCCUUCUGAACUCAUCAGACAUGCUGGCAUGUGGAGAAGAUUUGGGUCUUAUUCCUUCUUGUGUCCAUCCUGUUAUGCAAGAACUGGGAUUGGUUGGGUUGCGGAUUCAACGCAUGCCCAAUGAACCUGGUCUGGAGUUUGGUAUUCCUUCCCAGUACAGCUACAUGACAGUAUGCGCCCCGUCUUGUCACGACUGCUCCACCUUGCGUGCCUGGUGGGAAGAAGAUGAAGAUAGAAGACUGCGCUAUUUCAAGAAUGUGGUGGAGUCUGACGAGUUACCACCCGAUCGAUGCACUCCAGAAGUUGCACAUUUUGUUAUAAGGCAACAUGUUGAAGCCCCAUCAAUGUUGGCAAUUUUCCCUCUCCAGGACUUGCUAGCAUUAAAAGAAGAAUAUACUACACGCCCCGCGACAGAGGAGACAAUCAAUGACCCCACAAAUCCGAAGCAUUAUUGGAGAUACCGUGUACAUGCCACGCUGGAAUCUUUGAACAAGGAUACUGAGCUCAAAACCAUCAUCAAAGAUCUUGUUCGUUGGGGCGGAAGAUCUUUCCCCCCGGAUGAAACUGAAGUAUCGUCAUCAUCAGCAUCAGGAUCCAACUCCGACAAGGAGCGGCUUGCCAGUUCCAUGGAAAAGAUCAGUCUUCCUUCCAAAUAGAAUAGAGUUCCACCAAAGCGUGCUCAUGUUUAUCUAUUCCACGUCUCAAUUUAAAUUCAUAAUGUUACAUAAACUGCAUCAAUAAAGAAAGCAUAAGGAUCCAUCCACAUGUUGGUGUGGUUCCGUUGUUUCCAGUUUUCUAAUGGUAUGUUUUCUUUGUAAAGAAAAUAGAAAAAGAAUGUCUAAACUCUAAACAUAUAUGUGCUCAUUAAUUGUAUCUAUCAUAAAAAUCUUUUCAAGAA